ACGGUUCGCUUCGACUAAAACUGCCCCCUGUCGUUCUCUUUUCCACAAACAUUCGCGGCGCUAGGACGGGUUUCACGCGGGCUGCGGGUUUUAUUUUUUGCAUCAUCCUUUGCAAAAGUGUCGAAACAGUAAAAGCAGUAGCAGCAGCAUCCCGCGAAAAGGUCAGCCAGAGAGAGAGAGAAGCAGCAGUAGCUCCCUUCUCCUUGCCCGUGUCUGUGUGCGUGAGUGAAAAAAGGCCAAAAAGGAGUAGCAGCAGCAGCAGUAGUGAAAACCCUUUUUGGUUAACAAAAGUGUAAAGUUUGUUGUGCGGUGCGGUGUUCUCCCGAUCUGCAAAAAGUGCAAAAGGGCGUGUUUGUGUGUGUGUUAAAAGCCUAACAAAAAGAAGUUAAAAUGCCGCAAACAAACGGAUUCGCUGCCAGCAACUCCAACGGCCACAGCGGGUACGAGAUGGAGGACGGCUGCUCCUUCCUCUUCACAUCCGAGUCGGUCGGCGAGGGCCAUCCGGACAAGAUGUGCGACCAGAUUAGUGACGCCAUCCUGGACGCUCACCUGCAGCAGGACCCGAACGCAAAGGUGGCAUGCGAAACGAUCUCCAAAACCGGCAUGAUUCUCCUGUGCGGAGAGAUCACCUCCAAGGCAGUCAUCGAUUACCAGCGCGUUGUGCGCGAAACGGUAAAGCACAUUGGCUACGAUGAUUCCUCCAAAGGAUUCGAUCACCGUACGCUGAAUCUGCUGGUAGCGAUCGAGCAGCAGUCGGAGAACAUUGCCCAAGGAGUACACAUCGAUCGCGACGAUGACAGCGUCGGUGCGGGCGAUCAGGGUUUGAUGUUCGGUUACGCCACCGAUGAGACGGAGGAGUGCAUGCCGCUGACGGUCGUGCUCGCCCACCGGCUGAACGAGAAGAUUGCGGAGCUGCGCCGCAGCGGCGACUUCUGGUGGGCCCGCCCGGACUCGAAGACCCAGGUCACGGCCGAGUACGUGUUCGAGUCGGGCGCGUGCAUCCCGCAGCGCGUGCACACGGUCGUCGUGUCGCUGCAGCACUCGGACAAGAUUACGCUCGAGGAGCUGCGCAAGGAAAUCAUGGACAAGGUGAUCAAGGACGUGAUCCCGGCCAAGUACUUCGACGCGAACACGAUCGUGCACAUCAACCCGUGCGGGCUGUUCAUCAUCGGUGGGCCGCAGGGCGACGCCGGGCUGACCGGGCGCAAAAUCAUCGUCGACACGUACGGCGGCUGGGGUGCGCACGGUGGCGGCGCGUUCUCGGGCAAGGACUUUACGAAGGUGGACCGGUCGGCGGCGUACGCCGCCCGCUGGGUCGCCAAAUCGCUCGUGAAGGCGGGCAUCUGCCGCCGGUGCCUGGUGCAGGUGGCGUACGCCAUCGGGCUGGCCGAGCCGCUGUCCAUCACAGUAUUCCACUACGGCACGUCGAAGUACAACCAGCAGGAGCUGCUGAAGAUCGUCUCGGACAACUUCGAUCUGCGCCCGGGCAAGAUCGUGAAGGAUCUGAACCUGCGCACGCCGUUCUACCAGCGCACCAGCACGUACGGCCACUUUGGCCGCCCGGGCUUCCCGUGGGAGGAGCCGAAGGAGCUGGUGAUUGAAUGAUGCCGGCCGGCGGCCGAUGCUGCGGUCGAGCCGCCGGCGCCGGUCGCUGGCGAGGGAGAGCGUGCCACGUACCGUCCGGCGGGCGGUAGUGCUGACGGUGCGGCGACCGGUGCCGGGGCGGCGGCUUCUGGAGCGGAAGCGAGCGCUUGCAAGAAAGCGAAACUAGAUAUUUAAGUGUCUUCAGUGUGGACGUAAUAGCUCGUUUAUUUUUUGCAACCAAUUUUUUUUCGUCACUUAAUGAUGCACACACAAAUGCAUACUCCAAGCCGUGUGUCGUAGCAGGGGACCGUCUUUUCUGCUGAAGCCCGUCUUUAGCUGUCGCAUACAGGUGUGUGUACUUCGGUGUUUGUAACGGCUACAUCUCUCUAUCUCCUUCCAUUGUGUUAUCUUCGGCUAACCCGUUUUGGACACUUAAUACCAUGGCAUAAAGCAAAAUGACGAAGAUAGUGACGUAGAUAUCCUAUCGUAUAAACAGAACAAAAAAACAACUACAAGCCAUAACAGAAACACACAGAGCAUUUCAACACAAAAAUGAUGGGAAUGCAAUUGCCAACAAUAGCAAUGGAGCGCAAAAAGUAAUCGCGUUUAUGAAAAGACGAAGACAAUUUACUAUGUAAGAGCCAAGCGAGCGCGCGCGCAGUGUUUGAAAAGUGCUAGAAUUGUAAGGAUUGAAACAACAACAAAAAAAAACGUUAAAUUUAUGGGAGUAUGUUUCCCCACGUUCGGCGUCGUCCCCGCACUACUCGAGCGGAGCUAGACCAUUCGGUAGGCCACAGUAGGACCAACAAAAAAAAACGAGAUCAAAGUGCGCACGCACACCCACAUUACGCGGGUUUGCGCAGUGUACUGCCUGCUGCAAAACUUGCUGUGCGAUGGGAGGGGAAGAUUGGUGCCACCACGGGAGCCACUGCUUGUGAGAGUGUGCUCUCUCGUGUGUGCCGCAUGGUUAUCGACAUUUCGACGCAGGGCUUUCGAAUAUUAGAUUAAAGGAAGGGCACCACCGUCGUUGCAGCAAAAUGUUGCUACCCAUGAAGCACGAAGAUGAUGCGCCUGUAAACCGCAUUUAAUUUGGACUCUAGUUAUCGCUAUCGAAGAAGCAGGUGUAGUCGUAUUGCAAGUGCAGAAGUGGAGCUAGUAGUUCCAGCGUGUAUAGGAUUCUUCCAGGCUACUAGAUGUAGGCAGCUAUAGGUGAAACUUUCCUGAUCGGCGCGUUCUCAUCCCCGCAUAACUUUCCUAUCGUGAAAACGGUUUUUACGUUCCUUUUCACUAAAUGAUGAGUGAGCAUUUACACAAAAGCAGGAAGGCAGUUCAGGACGAAGCUAGGGCGAAAAUGGCGUUAAUGGAAUCCAAACGGUGCUGUUGUGGAUGCCGGGAGGGCCUAGCCUUCCCGGGAAUCCCUCCAAAUCUAGGACACGAGAGAGAGAGAGCAGGAGAAGUUAGGAGAAUGACAAUUUUACAUACUUGAUGAACACACCGGCAUCAAAAUUUGGUUUUGCUUGCCAGGAAUGGAUCAUACUGCCAAUUGAAGACAGAGUUCAGAGGUCAAGAAGACGUGUGUUCGCUCAGACACACACUUUUGCACAAAUAUGUUCAUGCUGCCCUCUUCUUCUCCCCCUAAUUUUUUAGUUGUUUUGGCAUUGAGAGAGAACAAACCAGGACAAAGCAGUGCAAUACCUAAAUACCGCCUUUGUUUUGUGGUUUUAGGAUUUAAAAUCCAUAAAUUUAAAUUCUAAGAGUACGAAAUUGUGUCGCACACACACCGAUACACACCGGUAAUUGGCAUUAUUAAUUGCACUGAAAACCCGAUAUUGUAGAGCAGUCGGCGCACACCCAACAGGUGAGGGGUAGCUUUAGAGUAGGUUUUGGUAGGACGUUUGGCCAAGCAGGACAAAAAAAAAGUAAGAGACAAACCCCCCCAACAAUGCGGGUUUCAGAAAACAUUUUUUGGAACAUUUUGUCAUCGUUGUUCAACCAAACCUCUUAGGAAAAGUCCAAAGGAAAUGCGGUUUUAUCUUACCCUCCCUUACCAGCACACGUUUUGUGUUGUGUUUACGAAAAGGAUUUUAUUUGUGGAAAAGAGCUUUUUCGAAAAUACUCCGGUCCGCCGAAUUGGUCGAAGGGUGCAUUCUCGGUACGACAAAAAAAUGGAGCAAAAUUGUGAAAUGAAACAGAAAAAAAGGAAACAAAAAAAAGAAACUAGAUUUAUGUACUAAGCAGCGCACAGAUCGCGCAAGCAGAGGGAGAGAGAGGAAUCUGUUGUGCUUUCUAACAAUGAUACAAUUAAACAAACAAUGAAAACAUACACACAUAACAUAGAUGCCAUACACACAGCAGUGGCGGUGGAAGAAGAAUCGAAGCAAAAGAUCAGUAAAUUAUGGUACAAAAAGUGUAAAGAAUCGGUUCCACGCCACGGGAUGCUGACAAUCGUACAGCGGUACGACCGUCGUAAAGAUCGAUCGUACAGCGGUACCACAAGCGCUUGUUAACAACACGCUCUUAGGUUUUGCACAUAGAAACACACACAUUUUAUAAUUUUAAAAAGAUGAAACUCCUGCAAAGCACACACAAAAGUAUAGAAAACAACAGAAACCGAAAAAAGAAAGAACGAAAGGAAAAGAAAGGAUUAAAAAAGCGAGAAAGAAAAGCUAGUACCGAGACACGCUCCGUGACAGAGUGCGGGCGAGCACAACACCCUAAGCUAAUAAAACAAACAAACAAACAAAAAAA